UUACCGACAGAGGCACAGUCAUGGCAAUGUGCACGUCUAAGAUCGCAGUGUAUGUUUUUUUGGGCUGCAUCACUGCAAGUUCCCUACGUGUCUUUCUAGUAGCAGCCCCGACAGAUAGUAAACAGAAGACAACAGACAGUAAAAAAAGUACCUCGGACACUGGAGAGGAAAUUUCAACAACUGUUUUCACUGUUUCCACAACUGUGAUUUCCACGACGGCCUCAACCAAAGCAACUGAUGGGACUUCAACAACAAUUUCAACAGACACAAUUGACGUUGGUUCAGCGACUGAUUCCAUUGGUACCGGCGAUGAACUCACUCUACAGCAAUCCUCGUUCACCGGGGACGAAAAUUACUUGAGUGGAGCUGGUGUAGAGGGCGCCUCUUUACAGACCACCACACUGGGAAGCGUAAAGGGGACCACAACAGAUUACGGCCAUUUUGGUGAUGUUGGUGCCUAUGGUGGUUGAGAAGAAAUCUUGUUACAGUAUCUAAGUAUAAAUAGUAACUGAA